AUGUCUCCAGCCGUCGCUCAAAUCGGCGCCGGAUCGGCCUCGAAGGAUGUCAAGCGCGAAUCCGGAACGGCGCGCUUGCUUGGUUCUGGAUCCGCUGGAAUCGCGGAGUUGCUUGUUUUUCAUCCGGUUGAUACAAUCGCCAAACGCUUGAUGAGCAAUCAAGGACGAGUCAAUACUACCGCUGCUCUGAACCAGGUCAUUUUCAGGGAAUACGCCUCGGCGUCUGUAGGCACAAAGUUUACUUCUUUGUUCCCUGGUCUUGGAUAUGCUGCUGGAUACAAGGUUCUCCAACGAAUCUAUAAAUACGGCGGUCAACCUUUCGUCCGCGAUUAUUUGGCGCAACACCACGGAUCGACUUUUGAUCAGACUUUUGGCAAGGGAACUGGAAAGGCUAUUAUGCACGCUACUGCUGGAAGUAUCGUCGGUAUCGGUGAAAUCGUCCUCCUGCCUCUCGACGUAUUGAAAAUCAAGCGCCAGACCAACCCCGAGGCCUUCCGUGGCCGCGGUCUGUUCAAGAUCAUUUCCGAUGAGGGCUUUGGUCUGUACCGGGGCGCUGGCUGGACGGCAGCCCGUAACGCGCCUGGCUCGUUUGCUCUCUUCGGCGGCUCCGCAUUCGCCAAAGAAUAUAUCUUCGCCCUGCAAGACUACAACCAGGCAUCCUGGAGCCAGAACUUCGUAGCCUCCAUCUUCGGCGCCAGCGCCUCGCUCAUCGUCUCCGCUCCGCUCGACGUGAUCAAGACGCGCAUCCAGAACCGCAACUUUGAGAACCCCGAAUCUGGCGCGCGUAUUGUGGCCAGCAUGUUUAAGAAUGAAGGAGCGUCUGCUUUCUUCAAGGGAUUGGUGCCCAAGUUGUUGAUGACGGGUCCCAAGCUUGUGUUUAGCUUUUGGUUGGCACAGACUUUGAUUCCGGCUUUUGGCACGGUUGUUUAG